AUGGCUGCUCUUAUGGAUUUUGUCAAGAACUUUAAACCUCUGGAUACCACUAUUAAGGCAUUAUUUGAUGCUGAUUCCCAAAGGUUUCAGAAAUACAGUCGGCAGCUUGAUUUCCCCGAAGGGAAAUUACUUGUGGACUACUCGAAGAAUUACGUUGAUGAACCAACAAUGCAAAAAUUGAUUGAACUCGCUAAGGCAUCACAUGUGGAGGAAUUGCGUGAUGCCAUGUUCCGGGGCGAGAAGAUUAACUUUACGGAGAAUCGUGCGGUAUUGCAUGUAGCACUUCGGAAUAGAUCGAAUUCACCAAUUCUUGUCGAUGGCCAGGAUGGACCUGUUAUGGCUACAAAUUGCUUAAAGCCUUAUGCCACUAACUUGAAAGUUCACUUUGUUUCCAAUAUUGAUGGGACGCAUAUCGCUGAGACUCUCAAACAUGUUCGACCCGAAACGACUCUUUUCAUUAUUGCCUCUAAGCCGAAAGCUGUGGCUAAUCACUUUGUCGCUUUGUCAACAAACACCAGGGCGGUAAAGGCCUUUGGCAUCAAUGAGGAAAAUAUGUUUGAAUUCUGGGAUGUGCCAAUCAUAUUGGCCAUGCUCGGUGUAAUGUACAUCAACGGCUACAACGCAGAGACCCAGGCCAUACUACCCUAUGAUCAGUACAUGAAUCGCUUCCCAGCCUAUUUCCAGCAAGGCGACAUGGAGUCGAAUGGCAAGUACGUGACUCGUGACGGUGUCGUCGUCUCUUACCAUACCGGCCCCAUUGUUUGGGGCGAGCCGGGCACCAACGGGCAGCACGCCUUUUACCAACUCAUCCACCAAGGCACUCUCCUCAUCCCUUGUGAUUUCCUCGUUCCUGUUCGCUCCCACAAUCCCAUAAAGAAUGGAGAGUUCCACGAGACGGAAGCUCUUAUGUUGGGCAAGACACCGGAGACGGCGCGGAAGGAGUUGGAAGCCCAAGGCGUGUCUGGUGACAAGUUGGAGAUGUUAGUAAAACACAAGACCUUCCGUGGCAACAAACCCACUAACUCAAUUAUCUUCACUGAGCUCAAUCCCUUUAUGCUGGGUGUUAUCGUGGCGAUGUACGAGCACAAAAUCUUCACACAAGGCGCCAUUUGGAAUAUCAACUCCUACGAUCAGUGGGGCGUGGAGUUGGGCAAGGAGCUGGCCAAGAAGUUGCAGCCUGAAAUUCACUCGGAAGAUGUGGUAACCUCCCAUGACGGAUCAACGAACGGUCUGAUUGCCUUCAUCAAGCACAACAGAAAAGAUCAUUAG